AUGGUGUUCCCACCGCCCAAUCCGUCCGCCGUCCCACCGUUUUCGUCGUCGGCUUCGUCGCUUCCAGCCUCUGGGACCGCGCCUUUUUCCGCGAGACCUGCGCUCGGUCAACUCGACGUCAAUCGCGCCCCCAACUCGUCGUCGUCGUCCUCGUCGCAACCGCCGCACAGGUCGCUCAGCCCGAUGACGUCCAAGGACAAGCUCAAGCAAUGGACCUUCCCGCGCAACGGCUCCCCUGUGCUUCCUUCGCCUCCCGUCUGCUUCCCAUCGACGGGGACCAAUAAUUCGCAUUCCACACCGCUUAUGGGGUACUCGCUCUCGGACGAUGAAGCCAACGCCCAGUCCUCCGAACCAGAAUCGCCCGUCAUCAUCGAGAGCCGAACGAAUCAAUACGAUCGACACGUCCGGCGUCAUUCCCAGGACGACGAGCGGUCCUCCGGUUCGGAUCGAGGGAUCGAAUCGCCGUGUGGUGCAUCGUCGUCGAUCCCGUUCAUGCAAAAGCGAUCCGACAAUGGCGCGACCAACAAGCCCUCCCCCAGUAACAACGGGACCAAGCAGCAACACAAAACCACGGCCUCGACGUUCCGCCAUCGUGGCAACGCGUCUGUAGCGGUCGUGCCCAUCUCAUCGCCCGACAACUCACCUUCUGCACCAGGUCGACCUGGCCUCACGCGUGUCACCUCGUCGCCUCGUCAACUGACAAAUCCGUCGGCCAACAACCCCUCGAGUUCUUCGCCCGAACCCAUGGCGAUUCCAACUUCCCCCUCUGAAUUGAUUCGGAUGAUCUACGCCAAUCUGCGGCGCAAAUCAUUGCAGGAUUUCGCAUGGGCCCUCAUCUUUGGCGUCUGCUUGCUCCUCUUUGCAUCCGCGCUCACAGGACACGGUUACGCACCUCCCGAACUCGAUCUCGACUUCUCGAACCAGGUCAGGGUCGAAGCGGCGUUCUUGCCCAAGGGGGGUCAAUUCCGUGACUUGCCUGUGCCGGCGGAUGUACAUCAGCCUACAGGGGAUGAUUCGCAUGAUGUAGGGCACGAUUGGAUGAAGGAUUCGCCUGAUGAUAGACGAUUGGAUGACGAGCAUGUGCAGUAAGUUUACUCGCUGGCCCAGCUGGUUGUAGCUCAACAUGAUCCUGACCUUCAAUACACUCUACUUUCUGCCCACAGCCACCACCACGAGGGCCCCGACGCGCUUUUCGAAGGUGACCACUCCGUCGCAGCGGAUGAUCACGACCAUUCAAACCUCAACGCCGUUUUGGACAACCAGAAGCCGGGCAGAAAAGAGUUAGAAGAGCUCGAUACCCGUACCGUCGAAAUGAACGCGGGGGUUGACGUCACCGAGCUGACGCAGGAAGAUGAUGUCGCUGAGGUUGACGGGAACAGCGAGGAGGAACAUGUACAAGUACAGGGCGAGGAGGAACAUGGGGAUGGAGCUGCAGCGGAUGAAGAGGGCGAGGAACAAGAUGUAGACGACUCUGUACAGGACGAGGUCGAACACGACCACGACCAUGGCUCAGGCGGCCUUCAUCUCGAACCCGAACCCAAAGCCGAGGACGCGCCUGUAUCCUUCAGCGAGAACGCGAAGAAUCGCGCCGUGGCGACCGACCUCCCCGACCAGGGCCCUGAUGGGGAGGUGGAGCACUCUAUACAGUACGGCGAGGACGUGCAAGCGCUCAGGGUCAAGAGGAUGUUGAAGCAGCGCAGGCGGCGUUAA